UCUUUUAGCAAGGUUUCGUGUCUCUGCUUUGUUUUUGUAGGGAAUGGAGCUAAUCUUUUCCAUUGUCUAGCCAUUUAUGUAUGAAAUUAAUAUAUUGUUAAUUUGUUAUUUAUUAUUAAUGUUUAUAGUUCCAUCUGUUUUCUUUGUCUUGUUGGCUCUCUUUCUUAAUUUUAGAUAGUUGAUGCUUAGCGAAAACUGCCUGAUGUUUUAGUCGACUGAAUUGUGUUUAGUCCUCUACUGAAAUUACUGAAUGAAACUGAUCAACAAAUUUCCCAUACAGAACAAAUUGUGAUUAUUUGCAGGGAGCUAUGUUAUAUACACUAAUGUGAAAAGAAUUUUGAUAUGACUUCAUGCAAAACAGUUCAGAGUAAACAAUAAAGAAAGACUGAAACUGCCCUGUUAAAGACAUGGGUUCAUUUGGCUAUAUUUUCCUUAUCAAUCUUUUAAUAAUUUAUUGUAGUGUUCCUUCGUUUGGAAAGACAAAUGUGCUUUUUAUAAUAGUUGAUGACUUACGACCAGCAUUAAAUUGUUAUGGUGAUGACUCAGCUUACACACCAAAUAUUGAUUCUUUGGCUCAGCAUUCGUUUGUCUUCGUAAAUGCUUAUGCACAGCAAGCGUUGUGUGGUCCUAGUCGAACAUCGCUUUUGACCAGUAGAAGCCCUCAUCACCUCCGUCAGUAUGAUGUUCACCGAUACUGGCGAUUAUCUGCUGGAAAUUUUACAUCACUUCCUCAGUAUUUUCGGGAAAAUGGUUACAAUACUAUGUCUAUUGGGAAAGUUUUUCAUCCAGGUAAAUGCAGCAAUUUUGAUGAUCAACCAUAUAGCUGGUCUCAUGAACCGUUUCAUCCCAUGACUGAGAAGUACAAGAACUACCCAGUGUGUCCAGAUAUCAAUGGAAGUGGUCCUUCAAAAAGUAUAGUGUGUCCUGUGUUGGUUGAUGACCAACCUGGAGAGACUCUGCCUGAUCUGGAAUCUGUUGAAGCUGCCAAAAACUAUCUUGAUAGUCGAAUCCAGGGAAGAUCAGAUGAGCCCUUUUUCUUAGCAGUUGGCUUUCAUAAGCCCCACAUUCCUUUGAAAUUCCCCAUUGAGUACCUAAAAUACCACCCUCUAGAAAAAGUGAGGUUGCCAUCAAUGAGAAGCCGUCCUCCUGGCCUGCCUAGUUCUGCAUGGAAUCCGUGGAUUGACCUGCGAAAGAGAGAUGAUAUACAUGCUUUAAACAUUAGUUUUCCCUGGGGCCAAAUGCCUGAUGAUUGGGCUAAGAAAUUGAAGCAAAGCUACUACGGCUCAGUAUCUUAUGUGGAUCAUCUCAUUGGACAAUUACUGCAAAAAUUAGAUGCACUAGGCCAAAGAAACAAUACUGCUAUCCUUGUUACCAGUGAUCAUGGCUGGUCUGUGGGAGAGCAUGGAGAGUGGUCAAAGUACAGCAACUUUGACAUCUCCACACGUGUUCCUUUCAUCUUAUCCAUUCCUGGAUGGAGAGGGGGCCAAGUGACAAAUCUUGUUGAGCUUUUAGACAUUUUCCCCACUUUGGCUGAUUUAGCAGGGCUCAAAAGGAUCCCAAAAUGUGAAAACGGGUACUCUCAGAUUUUGUGUACUGAUGGAAGAAGCUUGAUGGACGUCAUAGGAAACACAAUGGAAAAGGAGCUUUGGAGAGAAGGAGCAUACAGCCAGUAUCCCAGGCCUGGAGUGUACCCAUCGCUAGUUCCUGAUUCGGACCAGCCCCACCAAAAUGAUAUAAAAGUAAUGGGGUACUCCAUCCGUACUUCACGACAUCGCUUCACUGAAUGGGUUCAAUUCAACAUUGAAACAAUGGUGCCAGUUUGGUCGAACAGUUUUGGAGGUGAACUCUAUGAUCAUGUGAUUGAUCCGAAUGAAAAUUUGAACCUGUAUGAUAGGCCUCAUUUAAACCCAUUAGUUGUUUCUUUGAAAGAGAAAUUACGUGAAAGGUGGAGUCACUGACAAUAUAAUUUCUUUUCUGUCAA